GCAUUCCUGGUAGAGAGAGUGCAGAAGUAAUGAGAAGACAGCAUGGAGGCCCAGUCGCACAGCUCCACGAGCACUGAGAAGAAGGCUGAGAAUUCCAUCGUGAAAUGCUCCGCUCGGACAGAUGUCAGCGAGAAGGCUGCGGCCUCCAGCACCACGUCUAAUGAGGAUGAAAGUCCUGGACAGACCUAUCACAGAGAGAGGAGAAACGCAAUCACUAUGCAGCCACAGACCGUGCAGGGACUCAGCAAAAUCAGCGAGGAGCCUUCGACAUCUAGUGACGAGAGGGCCUCGCUGAUCAAGAAGGAGGUCCAUGGAUCCUUACCACACCUGGCAGAACCUUCGGUGCCUUACCGCGGCACAGUGUUCGCCAUGGACCCCAGGAACGGCUACAUGGAGCCUCACUACCAUCCUCCUCAUCUUUUUCCUGCCUUCCAUCCUCCUGUUCCGAUUGAUGCAAGACAUCAUGAGGGCCGGUACCAUUACGAUCCGUCUCCUAUCCCUCCACUGCAUGUGCCUUCUGCUUUGUCUAAUAGCCCAACGUACUCGGACCUGCCCUUCAUUAGGAUCUCCCCGCACCGGAACCCUGCGGCCUCUGAGUCUCCUUUCAGCCCUCCUCAUCCCUACAUUAACCCCUACAUGGACUACAUCCGCUCCCUGCACAGCAGCCCCUCCCUCUCCAUGAUCUCGGCAGCCCGAGGGUUGAGUCCCACAGACGCCCCGCAUGCUGGAGUCAGCCCGGCAGAGUACUAUCACCAGAUGGCCCUGCUCACCGGCCAGCGCAGUCCCUAUGCAGAUAUUCUGCCUUCAGCAGCCACCGCCAGCGCAGGGGCCAUCCACAUGGAGUACCUUCAUGCCAUGGAUAGCACCAGAUUCCCCAGUCCCAGGCUGUCAGCCAGGCCGAGCCGGAAACGCACACUGUCCAUAUCACCACUGUCUGAUCAUAGCUUUGACCUUCAGACCAUGAUAAGGACGUCUCCCAACUCCUUGGUCACCAUUCUCAAUAAUUCCCGUAGCAGCUCUUCAGCAAGUGGCUCCUAUGGUCACUUAUCUGCAAGUGCAAUCAGCCCCGCCUUGAGCUUCACCUACCCUUCUGCGCCUGUCUCCCUCCAUAUGCAUCAGCAGAUCUUAAGCCGGCAGCAAAGCUUGGGGUCAGCCUUUGGACACAGCCCCCCACUCAUCCAUCCAGCCCCAACGUUUCCAACACAGAGGCCUAUUCCAGGGAUCCCUACAGUUCUGAACCCCAUCCAGGUCAGCUCCGGCCCUUCUGAGAACUCACAGAGCAAGCCCACAAGUGAGUCUGCAGUGAGCAGCACAGGUGACCCCAUGCACAACAAGCGAUCCAAGAUCAAGCCUGAUGAAGACCUCCCCAGCCCAGGGGCUCGGGGACAGCAGGAACAGCCAGAAGGAACAACCCUUGUCAAGGAGGAAGGGGACAAAGAUGAAAGCAAGCAGGAGCCUGAAGUCAUCUACGAGACAAACUGCCACUGGGAGGGCUGUGCCAGGGAGUUCGACACCCAGGAGCAGCUUGUGCACCACAUAAAUAAUGACCAUAUUCAUGGAGAGAAGAAGGAGUUCGUGUGCCGCUGGCUUGACUGCUCCCGAGAGCAGAAACCUUUCAAAGCACAGUACAUGCUGGUAGUGCAUAUGCGAAGACACACAGGCGAGAAGCCUCACAAAUGCACUUUUGAAGGUUGCACAAAGGCCUACUCGAGACUAGAAAACUUGAAAACGCACUUGAGAUCUCACACUGGAGAGAAACCAUACGUCUGUGAGCAUGAAGGGUGCAACAAGGCUUUCUCAAAUGCCUCUGAUCGCGCCAAGCACCAAAACAGAACACAUUCCAAUGAGAAACCAUAUGUAUGCAAAAUCCCAGGCUGCACUAAACGGUACACAGACCCCAGCUCCCUCCGAAAACACGUGAAGACCGUGCACGGCCCCGAGGCUCAUGUCACCAAGAAGCAGCGUGGAGAUGUGCAUCCUCGGCCCCCGCCCCCCCGAGACUCUGGCAGCCAGUCUCAGUCCAGGUCGCCCGGCCGGCCGACUCAGGGAGCCCUCGGUGAGCAGAAGGACCUCAGCAACACUACCUCAAAGCGGGAAGAAUGUCUCCAGGUGAAGACGGUCAAGGCCGAGAAGCCCAUGACAUCUCAGCCAAGCCCUGGUGGUCAGUCUUCAUGCAGCAGCCAACAGUCCCCCAUCAGCAACUAUUCCAACAGUGGGCUCGAGCUUCCUCUGACCGAUGGAGGUAGUGUCGCAGACCUCGGUGCCAUUGACGAAACCCCAAUCAUGGACUCGACCAUUUCCACUGCAACCACGGCCCUCGCUUUGCAAGCCAGGAGGAACCCGGCAGGGACCAAAUGGAUGGAACACGUCAAACUAGAAAGGCUAACACAAGUGAAUGGAAUGCUUCCACGACUGAACCCUAUUCUACCCCCUAAAGCCCCUGCAGUUUCUCCUCUCAUAGGAAAUGGCACUCAGUCCAACAGCAGCUGCAGCGCAGGAGCGCCCGUGACCCUUCUCCCGAACAGAAGUGACCUCUCCGGUGUGGACAUCACCAUGCUCAACAUGCUCAACCGCCGGGACAGCAGCACCAGCACCAUCAGCUCCGCCUACCUGAGCAGCCGCCGCUCAUCCGGCAUCUCUCCCUGCUUCUCCAGCCGGAGGUCCAGCGAGGCCUCACAGGCCGAGGGGAGGCAGAACGUGAGCGUGGCAGACUCCUACGACCCCAUCUCCACUGAUGCCUCGCGCAGGUCCAGUGAGGCCAGCCAGGGAGAUGGGCUGCCCAGCCUGCUCAGCCUCACGCCCGCCCAGCAGUACCGGCUGAAAGCCAAGUAUGCAGCGGCCACAGGUGGACCACCACCCACGCCCCUGCCGCACAUGGAGAGGCUGAGCCUGAAGACCAGGAUGGCCCUGCUUGGGGACAGCAGGGAGGCUGCGAUGACUCUGCCGCCUGUACACCCUCCACGAAGAUGCAGCGAUGGUGGCACGCAUGGUUACAGCCGGCGCCACCUGCUGCCUCAUGAUGCGUUGGGCCACAGUGUGCGGAGAGCCAGCGAUCCCGUGAGGACUGUAUCCGAGAGCUUGUCCCUGCCCAGAGUGCAGCGUUUCAGCAGCCUGAACAGCUUCAAUCCCCCAGGGCCUCCUGCUGCAGAAAAGCGUACCCUGGUGCUUCAGAAUUACACCCGGCCUGAGGGCGGUGCAGCCCGACAUUUCCAUGCGGCCCCCUGCCCUCCCAGCAUAAGUGAGAAUGUCACCCUGGAGUCCCUGACCAUGGAUGCCGAUACUGGCCUAAAUGAUGAAGAUUUCUUGCCAGAUGACGUGGUACAGUAUUUAAAUUCUCAGAACCAAGCAGGGUAUGGGCAGCAUUUCCCAGAGGACAGCAAGGGGCCUCCUGGGGCAGGUGACUUCGACCCACCACCACCACCACCACCACCGGGGCUGCUGGAUAGUCACCUGGGCCAGCAGUACCGCAGUACCCUGGAGCAGCCCUGCGCAGAAGGCAGCAAAACAGACCUGCCCAUCCAGUGGAACGAAGUGAGCUCUGGCAGUGCUGACCUGUCCUCCUCCAAGCUGAAGUGCGGCCAGCGUUCAGCAGUGCUCCAGGCCCGUGCCUUGGGGUUGUACAACAACGUGGGUGUCCACCUGCAGCAUUCAGUGAGGAGCAAUGGGUCCGGCCCAGCUGGAGGAUACUCAGCCCUGGGGGAGAGCAGCAACUCCUAUGGUGGCCAGGAGCCCUUGGCCCUCCACAACGGGGGAGGAACUGGGCCUGGUGGAAACACCUUCCAUGAACAGCCCUACAAGGCCCAGCAGUAUGGAAGCUGUCUCAACAGACAGCCAGGGGCCACCGGAGUGCUAGAGGGUGCCUGUGUUGCUGGGGUCCCUGGGUCCAAGCUGAAGAGCACCACCAUGCAAGGAAACGGGACCACACUGGAUUUUGGCCUGUCAGUUGUACCCAGAGAGCCAGCUAAUAGUGUGCUGAGUGGCAUGCAAGCCCAAGAUUCAGUGGGACAGGGGUUCCUGGGCCACCAGCUGUUUGGUGACAGCAUGCAACACCAGGGGGCAGGCCGCCCCGGCCCACAGAUGCUAGGGCAGGUUAGUGCUACCUCACACAACAACAUCUAUCAAGGGCCAGAGAACUGCCUGCCAGGGACUCAUGGGCUCAACAGCCAGCCAGCAAGCUUGGCAAGUGUCAGGAGCUACCAGCCCUGUGCCAGCUUUGGAGGCAGCAGGUGCCAGGCUGUGCCAAGGGGCAGUGUUUCUCUGCAGCAAGGACAACUUCUUGACACGAGUCAGACCUGCAGGGUGAAUGGCAUCAAGAUGGAGAUGCAAGGGCAGCCCCAGCAGCUCUGUUCUAAUAUGCAGAAUUACUCCGGUCAGUUCUAUGACCAAACCGUGGGCUUUAGUCAGCAAGACACAAAGGGCGGUUCGUUCUCUGUGGCAGAAGCCAGCUGCCUGCUACAGGGAACCAGUGCUGAGAACUCGGAAUUACUUUCCCCAGGUGCUAACCAGGUGACAAGCACAGUUGACAGCCUUGACAGCCAUGACCUGGAAGGAGUGCAGAUUGAUUUUGACGCCAUCAUAGACGACGGGGACCACGCCAGCCUCAUGUCGGGGGCCCUGAGCCCAAGUAUCAUUCAGAACCUUUCCCACAGCUCCUCCCGCCUCACGACUCCACGGGCAUCCCUCCCGUUCCCAGCCCUGUCUGUGAGCACCACCAACAUGGCCAUAGGGGACAUGAGCUCUUUGUUGACCUCUCUCGCAGAAGAAAGCAAAUUCCUUGCAGUUAUGCAGUAGGUGUUAGGAAAAAAGGACCGCAA